UCAUUUCAGGUUGGUGGUGUAGUUAGGGUUGUUUAAAAUCCGGGUGUAAGAACGUACAUUGUAUAAAUAUGCGGGGUUUAGCCAUUUAUUAUGCCGCGUUCAUCUGCUAUUCGGAAAUAGGAAACUCGGAAAUGCCUGAAUUGAUGUUUCGUUGAACACUGCACGUGUUAACGAAUAUUAGUUAGCAAAUCGGAAAUAUCCGAGUUUCAUAGUUGCGGUUAGUAUACCUGGUGACGAACCUUUUGCUACAGAUUUGCUUUUGCUUUCGCAUAAUGAUUACGGAGGAGGAAAUAGCUGAUUUGGACUCUUAACGUCUUUGCGUUUCUAAAUUAUAAACUUGGUAGCUAAAUGUUUAUUUGAAGUUAAAAUGAAAGCAACAUACGCAACCUAUUUCGUAUAUUAUGUGUUGAUAUCGAGUGGUUUUGUGAAUGCGUUCGAACCAAUCUCAACCACAUUUGUGGUCGGUGCGGGAGUUGGUUUAGCAGCAGUGGGGCGGAGAGUUUACAAUUAUGUAUAUGAAAGUUGCAAUUCAAAAUGGAUUGCUUUUAAUUCAACAGGUUUGGAAGUGGCCCUAGAUCAGAAGCUGUUUGGUCAACAUGUUGCCUCCAGAGUCAUCCAGAAAGCUGUAACGGGUUUCAUGAACAAUAAAAAUCCUAAAAAGCCCCUGGUGCUCUCUCUACAUGGCUGGACUGGCACAGGGAAGAACUUAGUCAGCCAGUUGAUAGCUGAAAACAUCUACAAGGAGGGCAUGGCCAGCAGUUGCGUCCAUCAGUUUGUGACUUCUACUCACUUCCCUCAUUCGAGUCAGCUUGAGAACUACAAGUCUCAGCUGCAGCAGUGGAUCAAAGGCAACGUCACCAACUGCCCACGUUCCAUUUUCAUCUUUGACAUCUUUGACGGGAUGGACCAGAUGCACCCUGGCCUGAUUGACUGUAUCAAGCCCUACCUGGGUUACUACGACAAUCUGGAUGGGGUCUCGUACCGCCAAGCCAUCUUCAUCUUCCUUAGCAACACUGGAGGAGAGCACAUCACGCAGGUGGCCCUGCACUUCUGGAAAGCAGGUCGAGACAGAGAAGAGAUAAAAUUGCAUGACUUAGAACCAGCUCUCUCCCUGUCUGUGCUCAACAACAAGAAGAGUGGGUUGUGGCACACCAGUCUGAUGGACAAGAACCUAGUUGACUUCUUUGUCCCCUUCCUGCCUCUGGAGUUCAGACACGUGCGGCUGUGUGGCAUGGCAGAGAUGGCCGCCAAGGGCCUGAAGCCUGACCAGGACGUGGUCGACCAGAUGGCCAGAGACUUGGUCUAUUUCCCAAUGAGCGAGAAGAUCUUCUCCGUCCAGGGCUGCAAGACCAUCGGCAGCAAGCUAGAUUACUACACGUAGUGCGUGUUUGAGAUCGACUACGUUGCUGCCGGCGGCUGCAGACUGACCAAUCUAUUCAUAAUGAGUAGUAAUUUAGGAUGAAAGGUGGUUUGUAGAUCUGAUCAGUCGGUCUGCAGUUGCUGACAGCAGAGUAUACCAUCUCAGAGGGAACAGCUACUGUUUCCAUCAACCACCUAGUCUACUGUGUGAAAUUUCUUAAUGAGAACAUCUCUGCCAGUCGGAGUGAGGAAGUCAGUGACUGAACUCAAUGGGGAUGAUGACCCGCCCAUCAGGUCUCCCAACAUCAGCUGUGCCUUAGUUGGCAUACUGUUCCCAGUCUAAACAAUGCACAAAAUAAUUACAGGAAGGAAGGUUCAUCAUUUUUCAUUAAAAGGUUUUUA